AUGGAUGACUUUGGAAAGUAUGAUUGGGCUAUCUAUAUUAUAAAGGACCUCUGGAAAGAAAUGGGAGACUAUGUCAAAGGGUACAGGCGAGGCAAUGAAGGGCAGGGGAGCAGCACUGUUGGUGGCUGCAUAUACUUACUUCUGACUGAUGAGAAGAUAAAAGAAUUGGCCAGCAAGGAGAGGAAGAGUGUUAGAGGAAUUAUGUAUGGAGGAAAAGGCAGUGAAGCUAUGACAGGGAAAGAAGAGAGGAUAAUUGUAGAGUUUUUGGACCCGGAGCUGAAAAAGUUACGUAAGCGCCUAAUGAAGAGGAUAGAGGAAGGGCAAAAGAUACUAAUGAAAAUGGUGGAUGAAGAGUUGGUGAAGGUGCAAAUCCCAAGACAGGGAGAUGGUGGGAAGGGUAAAUCAAGAGGAAAGGCUCGGGUUGAGACAGUGCCUACAAAUAGAAGUGACUCUGAAGAUGAUGAGGAGGAGAGGCGCAACAAUGAUGACACAACUGAGGAAAAGGAGAAGGAUGAAGUAAGCAGUGAAGAUGGAGACAGUCAUGGGAAGGGUGACACAGAGAAUGACAGCGACAAUGAAGAGAUGGAGGAAGAGGGUCAAGGGGAUGGUGAUGACAGGAGCGAAGGGGAGAGGGAAUACAAGGGUGAUGCAAAGGGUGACAUACCUACAGCCAAUCCCCCUAGGGAAGUGUCACCCACCAUUGAAGGUGAUGAGGCAAAAGGUCACUCACCGAUGGAGGUAUCCCCCCUGGCCAUUGUUGAAUAUGUUGGGCCUGAUCCAAAACCUGUAUCUGUGGAGGCACAACAACUAAGGAGAUCUACUAGGGUUCGGUUUAGCAAGAUCAAGUCUCCUUGGUUGGAGUUGAAGGCACAAUCAAGAGUGAAGAGGCCUAUGAAGCCCAAGGAUAUUUUUUUCAAUUUAGUCAGCCGAGCUGUCAAAGGUGAUGAGGGUGAGAUGUAA